AUGCAGGUGGAAGCAAGUGGCGCGGGUAGAACCGCGACUUCACCACUACCAACACCUCUACUCGACGCGCAAGUAGCACAGGCGAGCACCUCGAAAAGCGUCGCGGAGGCGCAAGUUGCGGAUCUAUCGUUGUUUCUCCAAUCCUCCUUCGACGCAGGGAGCUAUGUUUCGGGUCUUCUUGCCGACGUCGACUCAGGAUUUGCCGAGACGGGGCAGCAGGCCGUCGCUGGAUCGUCAGCCAAACACCUUGCCUUAACCCCGUCUUCACCGACACGCAAGCCGAGCAUCUCGCUCUCCACCCCCAUCGACACCACGACCGAAGCUGCAGAUGCCACCACAAGGAAGCGCCAACAGGCUCAGGAGGAUCUGGAUCUGUCGCUGGCCAUUUCACGCCUCAACUUGGCGAUUGAAGAACUGAACCGCUCCAUCUCAACGCAGGUCAACGCCAACGCGCCGGACCUGCUCCGCCGCACCUCGAACCUCUCGCUCAUGCAGACUGGGAUCGGCGAGACGCAGCAGGGUCUCAGGGGCUUGGACGAGGAGGUGUCGAGGCUGCGCGCCAAGGUACAUGUGCCGUUUGUGCGCGUGGUGGAGCUACAGCGCGAGAUGAAGCUGUUCGAUGGGGCGGCGGAGCUGGUUCGGCGGACGAGAGGGGUUGUGGGGUUGGCGAGGCGGUUGGAGAGCCAGAUGGAGGCGUUGUUUGCGCGCAAAGAUGGUGGUGGUAGGGCGGAUGCGGAUGGUGAGGCGGAGGAUGCGGUGGUGGGCCAGGUGCAUGAGAGAGAUCUGUCGCGGGCUGCACUGCUCGUGGCCGAACUCACGUCGUUGCUCGAUGCGGAACGUCUGCUGCAAAAGCAAGAAGGCGAGACGUCGCUGCUCGAUCUCAAACUCAUUCAGGACCUCAUACCCACCAUCGACAGCGCGCGCAAAACCAUCAUCGACUAUAUGGAAGACAUGAUUGUGCGCGGCUUGCGCGAUCUCUCGCCACUCAUGCUCGGCUCGUCGCUCCAGACGGCGUUUAACAUGCGCAUGCUACCCACGCUAGUCCAGGACCUGCUCAACGACCUCACCGAAGUGGUCAAAGAACGCACCGCUGCAGCGUUCGACCUGGAUUCGCUCGCACAGCAGCUCAAACUGCCACUGCCCUCACUCGAUGCACCUGCACCCACAUCCUACUCGGCCUACCGCAGUGGACGCAGAGGCGCGGCGCACGAUGACGAACUUCGACACCAGCAUCAGCAGCAACAACAGGUGUGGUCGGACAGCGUGUGGAAGAAGCUCGAGUCGCUCGUGGCCGUCGAGAUGGGCGCGGUCUGCAGCAAAGUGUAUCUGCUCGAGAAGGUCUUGAAGCUGAAAACCGAUAGCGAGACGGGCGUCAACUUCUUGGACGCGGCGUUGGAGGUGCUGGGCGACAAGCCGAGCUACACAUUCUGGCUGACGUUUGCGCAGAGCUUGCAGCAGCAGGUAUCGGCGGUGUGUGCGCGGUCGGCGUGGCUGGCACAGCUGCUGUCGGUCGGCGGCAAGGCUGCAGAUGGAUAUCCCAAGCUGAUCCGGCUGUUCCAGGAGUUUUUCGCAAAGAUCUCGGUAUAUACCGAUGUGCAGUAUACCGCUUCGCAUCAGAGCCCCGAGACGGUGAUCCUGCUCAAGGGCUUGGGAUCGCUCGAGAAGGCGUAUGUGGAAAAGAUCACUAGUCGCACUGCCGAGGUGUUGGCCCAGGCCCUGUCAUCGCUAACUGCGGCGUCGGGGCCUGGUAAUGGCGCGAGACGAGUGGUGGUGCGGGAAGAGGAGGCCGAGGCGGUGGUACGUUCGAUCGCCAAUGUGUUGGAUACGACGCGGUUCGAUCCGUUGCUCUCGCGAGCUGUGGUGGUGCAAUGCACUGCAUUGGUCGGCCAGUUUGCAGCGCGCAUCGAGGCGGUGGCGGCGAACGAGGAGAGAGCGUCGGAACAAGUGUUGGAGCGUCUUCGGAACAUGCUGCCGAUCAAGGGGGUGGACGAACAGACAGAGCAAAUCAUCGAGGGCCUACUGAAACCCUCAACCUGCACCUCACUGCCGAAUGCUUAG